CCCUCACAAAGCACAAACACAUCUCUCCAACACGACCCUCCGCGCAACUUCCAUCGCAAAUGGCGCCGCGGUGCAGCAACACCGUCUUCGCGGUCUUUAACGUGGUGACCCUCCUCCUGGGCGCGGCCGUCCUCGCGGCGGGCAUCUACGCGAGCGCGCCGCACCGGGGCGGCGCGACGGACUGCGACCGCUUCCUCCGCACGCCGGCGAUCGUCCUCGGCGUCGCCAUCAUGGUGGCCUCGCUCGCGGGUCUCGUAGGCGCCUGCUGCCGCGCGUCGGCGCUCCUCUGGAUCUACCUUUUCCUCACGGGGCUCCUCAUCCUCGCCGCGCUCUGCUUCGCGGGCUUCGCGUUCGCCGUCACCAACGCGAGCGCCGGGCAGGCCGUGUCCGGGAGAGGGUUCAGGGAGUACCGGCUUGGGGACUACUCCAGCUGGCUGAGGCGCACGGUGGAGGACGGCCGCAACUGGGGAAGGAUCAGGAGCUGCCUCAUGGAGGCCAAUGUGUGCCGGAGCCUGCAGAGCAACCGGACGCUCGACGAGUUCGUCAACGCCAAUCUCUCGCCGGUGCAGUCUGGAUGCUGCAAGCCCCCAACCGCGUGCAACUUCACGUACCAGAACGAGACCUACUGGACCAAGCCCCCUGGCUAUGUCAGCGGCGCCGACCCUGACUGCGACGCGUGGUCGAAUGAGCAGUCGGAGCUCUGCUACGGCUGCCAGUCCUGCAAGGCCGGCGUCCUAGGGAACCUCAAGAACAGCUGGAAGAAGAUCGCCUUCGUCAAUGCCGCCUUCGUCGUGCUCCUCGUCGUCGUCUACGGGUUCGGCUGCUGCGCUCUUAGGAACAACCGUCGGCACAAGUACUCCCUCGUUGGGAAAUGAGGAUGACCAGCACCAGCCAGCGGAAGGUAGCAGCAGUGACGUCUCAGAAAAUUGCGUACUUGGAUGAUGCUAGUCUUGCAGUCCCAUGGAAUGAACUGUAACAGUACAUAUGUGAUGGUUGCCUUUUUGUUUGGAUGAUCUCUUCUCUCGACUCUUGA